UCGUAAUAAUGAAGUUAUUAAUUCUGAUAAGUGUUAUAGCGUGUGCAGUUGCGGAAAUCAGUAAUUAUCAUGAAAAAAUUGGUAUUCCCUUGGCAAUUCGGCUGAAACAAUUGGAGCUGGCGAGAGACUUCGAUGGAUCAAGGAUUUUUGGAGGACAUGAAGCACCCUUGGGAGCUUAUCCUCAUAUGGCCGGACUUGUAAUACCUCUGGGGUUUAGCUUCGACUCAGUAUGUGGGGCUGCCUUGAUCAGUAGCACCCGGGUCUUGACCGCUGCACAUUGCAUGGUCAGCGAUGCUCGCAACAUCACUGUGGUCCUCGGAUCUCGAACGAUAUACUACGGAGGUGUACGUGUUAAAGCAACAGAGGCAGUUAAUCAUCCAGAGUGGAACAUAACAAAGGGCCUCGCGAAUGACAUCGCGGUUAUGUUCAUGCCUCCUGUUACGUUUACCGAUAUCAUCCAGCCUAUUAACCUUUACACGGGACGUAGUGAUCUAUCUGGUGUCUGGGCUUCGAUCUCUGGAUUCGGAAUAACAGGCAUCAGUCAGUCAUUAUCUCCUGAUCAGAGCCUUAAGCAUAUGCAAACGCAAGUCAUAUCUAACGAGGAGUGCCAAACAAUUUUUACUACUCAUGUAUUGGAAUCUAACAUUUGUACGAGAAGUGGUGACAACAAAGAUAAUAUUUGCAGUAGCGACUCUGGAGGCCCCCUGUCCCUUGGAAGCGGCCGUAAUGGAUUCUUGAUUGGUGUUGUAUCUUUUGGGGCAGGCAAUUGUGAGCUUGGUCAGCCAUCAGCAUUCGCUAGGGUUUCGUUCUACGCUCCAUGGAUUAGAUCACUCAUGUAAAGUGUAACCUACAAAUAAAGUUUUGGUCAUA